AUGUCAGAAAAGUUCUUUACAAAAAAACAGAAAUUUGAAAACAAGGCGAAAUCUUAAAAUUAAAAAACAAGGUUUCUGAAUGACAAGGAAGAAAGUGAGUAGCCCCCUCAGAUGAGAAAUGCAUAACGGUUUUUGUAAUCCAAUUUGUUUAUCAAGAAAGUCGAAAACCAAAGGCAACUUAGGAGAUGAUUACACUUCCUCAGCCAUCUAUCCAGUAUGCUCAACCAGUAAUUAAUAUAAAAUUUAACUCUAUUUAGUAUGUUCCAAAACCAAUCCCCAUACCUGAAGCGAUCAAAUAGAUAGACAAGAAAAUCAAGGCUUAUCGCAGAUUGAUGGAGAGAGAGAGAAAAGAGAAAUUGCAACGAGAACAACAAGAGAUGCAGAGAUUAAACGAGUAAGAGGAGGAUCAAAAAAGAGCCAUAGAUUUUAUGACAAAUCCCUAAAUAAUUGAUUAAUAAGAGCCAGAGCCAGAGUAAGAAGAGGAUGAAUAAGACUUGUUGUCUGAGGAACCAAGAGUAGAGGCUCAAUAACCAAUAUCAAUCAGCGAGAAGGUUUCAUAUUCUGAGGCAGUAAAAAAGAGAGAAUAGAUCUAUGAUCACACACUUCAAAGGAUGUACGAAAAGAGAUAAAACCCAGUGUUGUUUGCAGUAAUAUAACAUGAUCUAUAAUGAGAAAUUUAAGAAGAAGCCUCCCAUUUUGAAUAUCACAUCGAAAAAUAAGAUUUCGAAGGGGAAUGGAAGGAUGGAUCCCGAAGAACAUAAGUUGAGGGUGUAUAAUAGGGAAAAUGUGCCAACGAUGCCAGAUUUGAUAAUUCCCUCGUUCACAAUAAAGAAGGAUCAGAUGGCUAAAAACAUCUUGGCAUAUUUAGUACAUAUGUUUAAUGAUAUGAUUUCAAAUAGAAAGAAUACACUCCGCUAUUUCGGGGGUACAAGAAUUACGAAUAUCCAAAAUGCGUGUAAAACAUCCUUUAGGAAGAGAUAGACUCACUGCCUCAAUAAUGA